UUCCUGCUUCACUCGCACGUUUCGCGGUAUGGGGCAGAGCCUCUCGUCCGCCAGCACCACCUGAGGAUCCCGGAAGCUGCCCCAGAGAUGGAGAAGGACCAGGAACUGGAAAGGAAAGCAAUAGAUGAACUGCUUAAAGAGGCAAAAUGUGGGAAAACGAGAGCAGAAACAAUGGGAGCUAUGGGUUGGAUGAAGUGUCCUCUCGCUGGCACAAAUAAAAGAUUUCUAAUUAACACAAUUAAGAACACACUGCCCUCCCAUAAAGAGCAAGACCCUGAACAAAAAGAGGGCGAUAAGGAACCUGAGGAAAGCCAGAACCAGAAAGAAGAAAACCGGAAGAAGCACAGAGCCCACCCUUACAAACACAGCUUCCGAGCCCGAGUCACAGCCCGUCAUUCUCCACUGAGGGAGCGGAGCAGCCAGGACAAGUAUGAAAAGCGGUCAAACAAGCGAUGA